AUUAUUCACUCUAAUUUAAGGUUUAGGCAUUGACUGAAUUUUAAAGAACAUGAAAUAUGUGCUUGAUUCGACCUACCGAAUUGUGAAAUAUUGGAAAUCCAAACAUAUUUAUUUAUAGAUACACCUAAUAUUUGUUAAAAAAGCUAUAAAUAGAUAUUUAUCAGAUAGCACUUGAUCGCUGUAUACGCACCUACAAUGUUUUUAUAUGCAAAGUGUCUUUAUUAAUUUAAUAGUGCAAUCAGUCAAUCGAUUUACCAUAUGUAAUGUUUCAUCACUUAUCAACCAACCUGUAGUGAUUGAAAUAUAACUGAUUUGAACGAUGAUAUUAUUAUAUAAUGACAGUUGAUAGUCAGCGCAAACGAAACUUACUUUAUUAUUAUAAAAAACAAAUCAACGUCUAAUUGAUAAUGAACCAAUUCUUAUAUAAUUAAAAAAUCGGUAGUUAUGAAAGAAUCAGUCAAUAACAAUGCGCAUUAAAAACGUAGACUUUCAGACUGUUAAACAUGUGGAAAGGUCCUACAUUGUGUGAUACUUUCAUUUAUUUCAAUAUAUCAUCCAAAAGCCCCUUUUGUACGACGUAAUAUCUAGAGCAGACUGACUUGCUAUCACUAUUGAAUUCUGAUUGCAGCAACAAAAGUGAUUUGAUAAACUUCAAGUUCAAAGUUCUUUGGAAAACCCACUUGAACGAAUACUAUUAAUACUGGUGCCUCUAGAACGAAAUUUAUAACACAUCGCAAACGAAAGAAGGAUAUAUUACAGGAAACGUUUUCGAAAUGGACGGGAAAACAUAUUCAGUUGAAAAGACACGAAUUCCUGUAGUUGGAAGACUGUUUGGCAAUAAAAAGAUGUUGCCAAAUGAAACUUGUAAAAAAGCAGACAGACACACGGAACAUGAAACUGCAGUGAGGAAAAUGUCAACACCUACUACCCAGGGUCUUUCCCAGCACAUUUCUCAAAAUCGCUUUUCUCUGCCUGUAAAUAACGUCCGGAGCAUCCCUGUUACAAGCGUUUCAGACAAAAAUUCAAACGAUGCUAUUCAAAACAACGUCACCGACAUAUAUAAGAAGAACAAUAAUUGGACUCUGGAUAUUGAAAACUCUGGAAGUGGCAGUGAAAACGAGAACAAAUUUGCAAAAGCAGGUUUUUACUAUGCUUCGAACAAGGAUGAAGUUAUAUGCUACUGUUGCGCUAAACGCAUUUCGAACUGGAAACCUGAUGAUGACCCAUAUGAGGCUCACAAAAGAAUUACACCGAAUUGCAGCUUUAUUGUAAACAAUGGAGAGGUAAACGUUCCUGUUUCAACCGAUAUGAGCUCUAAUUCAAACGAUGUUCUUCAGAAAAUCAUCACCGACCUAGAUAAGAAUAACAAUGUUUGGAGAUUCGAUCCUGAAAACUCUGGGGGUGAAAGUGAGAAUGAUAUUGCAACUGAUGGCGACGAAGAAACCGAAGACCAAAACAAUGGGACAGCGUUUGUAAAUGAGAACUUCUUUAAUAAAACCGCAUUUGAUCCGAAACGGAACUGCAAUGUGGUAGACAGUGUAAAUCGAAGUAAGGACAGUGGUUAUGCCAGUCUACCAAUAGAACCUACAAAUACAUCUGGAAGUCUGGACGAGGAUUGCUUCAGGCCAGAACCACAAGGCGGAUUCGCAUCAAUGGCUCCAAUUUCGGAGAAUGGAAGAAUUAAUCAAACUUUUCAGACCGGAGUAGCUUUACCAUUGAAGGAUUUGGAAUGCCGAAUUGCAAACAUUGACACUAAGGCCUAUCAACCGAUUCAAAACGACAUACCAAGGCAAAGAACUUCAAAUAGGAGUUCACGGACACGAACACGACGUCAACGUCAACAAUCGUCAACCCCGACAGAUAAUCCCGGAACCGCGGAACGUACACAAAGGUCUAAUGAAACACUUGCCCCUAAUAUGCAAACCACUGUUUCCACACGGACAGCAAGAAAUAGAAUAGGCCAUCACAUGCAAACUCCAAAGCAUCCAAAAUACUCCACAAUUUCUUCAAGAAUAGCGAGUUUCAACCAGUGCUCAGAAAUUCACGUUAUGCCAAGAACUCUAGCAGAAGCCGGCUUUUAUUACGCUGGAAUCGGGGAUUGUACAAGAUGUUUUUGGUGCGGCAUAGGCCUACGGCAUUGGACACGCGAAGACGAUCCAUGGACUGAGCAUGCCCGAUUCUCAUUGGACUGCAAUCACGUGCUUAUUAACAAGGGUCAGGAGUUUAUUAAUUUAGUUAAACUGGCAUUGGACCUCACAGAAGAAAAGGAUGAAACCCCGCAAGCCCAAACUUCAGAAACGCCAGCAGAAAAUCAAGAAACCGAAAUACCAAAGAACGACGUAGAAGAUUUAAUGACAUCAGACGCUGCGCAAAGUGUUAGAGACAUGGGAUACAAUAAUGAUAUAAUCAGAAUUGCAAUUCGAGAGAUUAUGUCUUCUAAAGGUUCAGAAAAACUAAACGGGAUGAAUAUCAUGGAAGAAAUCUUUCGAAUUGAAGAUGAACCUGUUAACAACAAAAUUGAUUCUACCAAGGCCAGCCCAACAGUUCAAACCAAAACAACAAGAUCAACGGAAACAUGUACACUUGCGCAGAAAAAAGAGAUAACCACAGAUGGAAACAAGUCAGGACAAGAAACAGCUACGAGCAUCCAGACUUCGGAAUCUAAAGGUGCAUCGGCUGACGUUGAAAAAAUGACGGUCGAACAUAGGCAAAAGCGUCGGUUGUUGAAUGAAAAUAAAGCUCUCAAAGAAAGCACUAUGUGCUCUACCUGUAGAAAAAGUGAAGUCUGUAUUGUAUUUCUACCUUGCGGGCAUUUAAUUUCCUGCGAAAAAUGUGGGAAUUCUGUAAGGACGUGCAUGACAUGUGGUCAAAGAGUUCGCGGUACGGUGCGUACCUAUCGUGCUUAAAGGGGCUGGCUAGAAGAUCGGGGACAUUUGUCCUAUAGUGGGAUAUAAUUGGAAGCAUGUGUGUAUGUAUCUGGGCAUUAACUUUGAAAAUGAUACCAAACUUUCUAUUUGCCCGAUCUUUUGACCAGCCCCUGUUCCAAUAUUGUUUCGUGUGUUAUCUAUAAACGCUCUUAAGUAUGGAUCAUUUUAAAGAUGUUCUAUUCUUUCUUAUAGACUUUAAAGCAUGCUGAUAUUGUGAUUACGUAAUUACUUAUUUAGUAUUAUUCAUUAGUACCAUCCAACAAAAUAUAAUCGUACCGUGGAACAUUUCAAUGUAGCCGAAUGUGUAAAAUGCCGUUGCAAAUUAAGGUUAUAGAUAAGUUUCAAUUCUAACCGCUUAAGGCGACUGUUUUAAUCUUACCAUUAAUAUAUUGUUCAUUUUACCAUCUCUAAUGGUUUGUAGACUAUUGUUAUAACAACAAUACGACAUCACUAUGUCACGAUAUGUGUAUAUCAAUUUUGUUUUGUCGUCUGCAAUAUUUUCUGGCGUUUGAUAUAUUAUAUUAUUAUACAUAUAUAAAACCAUUGCGCAUUAUUAUCAUUUUUAUUGAUGAUGUAGUAUGUGUACAUACAAGAAUGAUAUAUUUUGAUUUUUCAUAAUAAAAGAUACAAUAAAGAU